CAAAGAAGUGACACCUGACCCAUCGACGCUGCAAGAUGGAUUCUAUACCAAAGAAACUCUACAACAUUCAUAGAUUUGAUGCUAGAAGUAAACUUGAAUUGUACUUCUCUGACAAGGAGGACAUGAUCUUUGGUGAAGAUUCUUUGAAAUUUCCAAUGAUGAAUCUUCACUAUGUGUUCAGCAGAGGUUUUAUCUGUGGAAAUCUUUUGAUUGAUCUCAGCAUGGGCGCCUUCAUUCACCAUCUAUAUUCAGCUGCCAACAUCUUCAAAGAUAUUAUUAUUAUUCAAUUCAAGUUCAAUGAAAAGUGUACCAUGGAAGUGCGCAGGUGGCACGGCGAUCGUACCGGAGCUUUUAGCUGGACUCACACAAAAACUGCUUUCGAAGAGUUGGAAGGAAAAAGUGACCAAAACCAGGACAAAGAACUGAACCUAAAAGCGUCCAUCAAGCAUAUUGUGACAUGUAACCUCGAAGAGGAGAAUCUGACCCACCCGCUGGUGUUACCUCUUGCCGACUGCGUCAUCAGUGAAGUGUUAUUGGACGUCAUCAGUAAAGAUGAGGAUGAUUACAUGAGGAACCUGGAAAAAAUCUCAAACCUGCUGAAAAUCGGAGGUCACCUGAUCCUCUUUGGGUUACUAAACACAACUUACAUAACAGCUGGAGCGGAUCGGUUCCAUAUGAUGAAAUACGAUGAGAGCUUUGUAAGAUCCUCUCUCAGCAAGCUGGGCUUUGUCAUUGAUUACUGCGCCGUGCAGAGGAGACGGAAUGUGAGCGAUCUCAUUGAUUAUUCUCAUAUUUAUUUCAUCACAGCUCACAAGGAGAAAUAAAUAGAUCCACCGACAGCCUCCACUUCAG